UGCUCUCUGUAGUGCUCGCAGGCUGGUAGGCUGCGACCGCGACGGAAGUCGGUGGGGUUUUACGGCCCAACAACCAACCCUCGCUGAUAAGGGCUCGCCGAUCUCCGCCUCUCCUCCCUCUUCCCCCGUUCCCUUCUUUUCCCCUUUGGCUCCCCCACGAAAAGAAGUCUCGUCCUCUCUCUGUGGAGGUCUGGAGAUAUAGAGCGCAUUUUUGGCAUUGAACGUGAAUUGGAGGUGCAAAUUCCAAGGUCUUAGAGGGGCGGUCUCAGAUGGAAUUGCAAACUUAUGGAAUUGUAGGUCUUUGAAACUCCUGGCUGCAAAUAAAUUCAUACCAAUCACCGGGGAUUCAGUUUGUUGCGAAAAUGGCAACACAAGUAGCAUACUUUACGCCAUUUAGUCGACAAUGUUCGGUUGGAACUCUACGGAGUCCUGGAGGAAGAAUUUUAGCUGAGGGUUGGACCGGUAGAAAUAGCUCAUUCAAAAUGCUUAGCAAAGAGAAUGGCCUGUUGGAAAUGGGGCAGAGUGUUGUUUCUUGCGCUUCUCGUGUUCGGUGUUCUGCUAACUCUCACAGCAUCAGCUCAUUUCACAGUAAAGAUCCUUUCUUGAAUCUCCACCCUGAGGUUUCCUUGCUGCAAGGAGACAAGAAUGACACAGUUAUCGAUCCGAGGAAAGAGAAUGUGGGUGGUAGUGUUGUGGAGAGCUUAAGAGGCUCAUCUGUUCCAAAUGAUUAUAAUGAGGCAAAGAUCAAGGUCAUUGGCAUUGGCGGCGGGGGUUCCAAUGCUGUGAAUAGGAUGAUUGAGAGUGACAUGAAGGGUGUGGAGUUUUGGAUUGUUAACACGGAUGUUCAAGCGAUGAGGAUGUCACCUGUCUUUCCUGAGCAUCGCUUGCAAAUUGGCCAGGAGCUGACCAGAGGGCUUGGUGCUGGUGGGAACCCAGAUAUUGGUAUGAAUGCUGCAGAGGAAAGCAAGGAGUCGAUACAGGAGGCAGUUUACGGUGCUGAUAUGGUCUUUGUGACGGCUGGCAUGGGUGGGGGAACUGGAACUGGUGGUGCCCCUGUAAUUGCUGGGCUUACGAAAUCAAUGGGCAUCUUAACUGUGGGCAUUGUCACAAUCCCAUUCUCCUUUGAAGGACGAAGACGGGCAGUUCAGGCACAGGAAGGAAUUUCGGCUUUAAGAGAAAAUGUUGAUACACUUAUUGUCAUCCCAAAUGACAAGCUGUUGACGGCUGUCUCUCCAAAUACUCCUGUGACAGAAGCAUUUAACUUGGCUGAUGAUAUACUUCGACAAGGUGUUCGUGGGAUAUCUGAUAUAAUCACGAUUCCAGGUUUGGUUAAUGUUGACUUUGCUGAUGUGCGAGCCAUUAUGGAAAAUGCAGGUUCAUCUUUAAUGGGCAUAGGAACUGCAACAGGCAAGACGAGGGCAAGAGAUGCUGCUUUAAAUGCUAUUCAGUCCCCUUUACUAGAUAUCGGUAUUGAAAGGGCUACUGGAAUUGUUUGGAAUAUCACUGGAGGAAGUGAUUUAACAUUAUACGAGGUAAAUGCCGCAGCAGAAGUAAUUUAUGACCUCGUCGAUCCAAGUGCAAAUUUAAUAUUUGGGGCAGUGAUAGAUCAGUCACUCGGUGGUCAAGUGAGCAUAACUCUGAUUGCCACUGGAUUCAAACGCCAGGAUGAACCAGAAGGGCAAACUUUGCAAGGUUCCCAACUGGGUCAUGGAGAUAGCCUGGGGAUCAACCGACGCCCAACCUCUUACGUCACUGAAGGCAAUAUGGUGGAGAUCCCAGAGUUUCUAAGGAAGAAAGGACGCUCCCGUUAUCCAAGAGCUUGACAGGCGACGUUUUGUAAUAUACUAUAUCUUUGUCGCAGUUUUCCGAAAUUGCUUCUCAGCGUUAUGCCAAAGUCCCUGACCUUCAAUGAAAGUAACAAAUCAUGUAAAUCAGAGUAUUUUUUCUUUAAUUCCACAAUUUUUUCUUUUCUCAUA